CCGGCGGAAGGGAGGGCUGGCGGGGCUGAACUCCGGCCUCCUCGUCCUGCGCUCGCUGAGCCCAUGGCGUCCGACGCGGGGUGCUGGUCGCGGGUUCUAUGGAGGGCGUGCAAUGGGCUGAUGGCCGCCUUCUUCGCGCUGGCGGCCGUGGUGCAGGUAAAUGACCCCGAUGCAGAACUCUGGAUGGUUGUGUAUAUGAUUCCUGCUGGGCUGACCUUGCUCGUUGGACUUGACCCUCUUGUCACAGGUAACUUUAUUUGGAAGAGUGUCUCAGCAGUACACAUCUUCCUUUGCACGGUGUGGGCUGUCUACUUGGCACACUACCUGGUGCUUCAUACACAGUGGAACGUCCUACAUGAGGAGGAGGGCAGGGAGCUGAGUGGCCUGGUGAUUAUUACAGCAUGGAUGAGCCUGUGCCACAGUUCAUCAAAGCAUCCAGCCGGUGGAAGAAUUCAGCUGGCUGUGGCCAUCACAAUCGCCCUUUUCCCAUUUGCUGCCUGGGUCUACAUAUACGUUAACAAGGAGAUGCGCUCCUCCUGGCCAACUCACUGCAAGACAGUAAUUUAAACAGAUCCUGUUCUUAAAAUGAAAAUUUCCCAUUUUUAUAAAUAUGGAUUAUAUUUUUAAUUCUAAGAACUUUCUAAGGCUGACUACAGUACAGCACAGGGCUGGAUGGGACUAGUUAAGAGAUGGGGUCUGACAUGCCAUUGUGUCAGAGUGCAGCAGAAAAGGCAGUCAAAACAAAGCUAAAAAUUAUGCAUUCUAACUCAGUGUCCCCGCUGUACGUGUGACUUGGGCAAAUAUAAAAAAACCUCCCGGUGGAUGUUUCUUUAUCUAUAAAGCAGCAUUAAUACUACUGGUACAGUCGCGAGGAUUAAACCAGCAAUACGAGAGCACUCUAGAAGUACAAAGUGCUCACAGAGGGCUGCACAUAGUGGCUAAAACAGAGGGAAAUGGGGUUCGGUUAACAUGAUAGAAACAGGUUCAUUACAUUUAACUGGUUCAGUGCCAUGAGCUAAAUGAGAACUCCAGCUGGACCAGCAAGCAUGUCUUGAAAAGAAAAGAACGUUAGAUAGAAUAAAAGAAUUUGGAACCAAAAAGAAAACAGGGAACAUUAAUUACA